AUGGCUGCGCUCAAACUCUCCCUGUUGUUGCUGGCGCCUGCUCUGGCUGUUCGCUCAGAGAACGAACAGGAGCUGCUCGAUGCGCCUUCUGGGAACCUCGACGUGCUGGUCCAGCCCUCUCAUCCCGGCUUGGCAAAUUUAGCCUACUUUGCUAGGAAGCCAGAAUGCCAGAGGGAGUUGUGGGGUUUGAUGGAAGCUUUGGUGCACGAGCAUCCCAACGAGAAGGAGGUCUUUGCCAUCUUCCAUCUUCGAGAUCGGAGAAAAUCACCAACUUCUCCAGCUUGGCUUGAGGCACUGGCCAGACCGGAGCACAAAAAAGAGGACUCGAUGCUAUGGGCUGGGUUCUGGGAUGGUCAAGGUAGCGAGGAAAAUCGCACCACAAAGGAGGCUCUUCGAAGCUUCGCGAAGCAGUUGCACAUGCAAAUAGUCCACCCGAACACUAGGCUGGGACGAAUUGUGGCAGAUCAAAAUGACCUUCAGAAUUGCAGUGGGGAACAUAUUCGGCCUGUGGAUAGAUUCUGGCAUUCUGCAAGCAUUGCCUUCGUCCAGAACAUGUAUCGCCGCAAGCAAAGGAGUCUAGUGGUGCUCAUCAACAAAUCGCUGAAGAAGACCGAUCCUCGCAACCUCCACGAGACAGUGCUAUACCAGUAUGAGAUACCAGCAAUCCGGGAAAAUGCGGUUAUCAGUGUCAAACAUGGGAAUGCGUGGUGGCCUCACAUUCUUCUAGUAGACCUGCAUGGAGACUGCAGAGAUCUGAAAAAGACUUUCACCCUGAAGCUCCAAGAAGAGGAAAAUGCACUGAUGCGACGCUUGGUUAGGAAGAAGCCCGUGGAUUGCAUCGAAUGCGGCGAGUCUUGCAAGUUGGACCAGCAGUUGGCAAAGAAAGUGCAGAAACGGCUCGGUAGCUAG